GCGGAGGAGCCUUCGUUUGAAAUGCCGCCAUCGCCACCGCCCUCCAAUAUGUCGCACCUGCCGGACCUGGAGUCCUACAGGGACCCGAAACCACCAGCGCCGAAAAGGUCAGCAGCGAAACAACGGAAGCCGGCAGCUCCGCCGCCCCGGGAACCCACACCGCCGGCUGUGGAGCCGGUCCAGCCGCCGUCCAGGGAUGUGUCUCCGUCCCCAAUCCGCAGAAAAGCGACCGCAAACCGCCGCAAACCGGCAGCUCUACCAAAACAGAACGUGCAACCGCCGCCGCCGCCUGAAGAGCCAAUCCAGCCGCCGUCCAGGGAUGUGUCUCCGUCAACAGUGGGGAAGAAAAACCGCCGUAAACCGGCAGCUCUGCCAAAACAGAACGUGCAACCGCUGCCGCCGCUUGCGGAGCCGAUGCAGUUGCCGUCUAGGGAUGCGUCUCCGUCACCAGUGGGAAAGAAACCGACCGCAAACCGCCGGAAACCGGCAGCUUUACCAAAAAAGAACGCACAAGCACCACCGCCACCGCCGGUUGCAGAGCCGAUUGAGCCGUCGUCCAGAGAUUCGUCUCCGUCCCCAGUGGGAAAGAAACCGACGGCAAACCGCAGGAAGCCCACAGCUCUAUCGAAAAAGGACGCACAAGCACCACAACAGCCACCGCCGGCCACAGCAGAGCCAACCGAACCGCAGGCUAGAGAUCGGUCUCCGUCCCCAGUUGGGAAGAAAGCGACCGCAAACCGCCGGAAACCGGCAGCUCUACCCAAGGACGCGCCGCCGCCACCGCCGCCAGCCCGGUCGCCAUCCCCGCCCGUGUCGGAGCCCGAACCGCCACCAGCCCAGAAACCGGCCUCAAACCGGCGGCGGCCCAGGUCCCCGCCGCCGCGAGAGCCCUCCCCGCCGCCACCCGCGCCUCCGCCAGCCGCUACAGAGGCGGCGGGGGAUUUCGUGUUUGCCAAACCGUCAGCGCCGGCCCCGAAGCGUCGCGGGCGCGCUCCGCGCACGAAAGCGCCGGCUGCUGCGGAGCCGAGCACGCCGGCGCCUCAGGAAGCGCCGGUCGCCAACCGUGGCCGCGGGCGUUCACGCAGAGCCGCUGCGACGACCGCCGUGGAGACUGCUCCCGAGCCGGAGCCGGGGCCGACGGGGGCGGCGCAGCUGGAUGUGAGUGUGUCAGGUCGCCGCGCAGGAGGAGCCGCGCAGCCGGCCGCCGGGCUGGAUGACAGCGUGCUGAGACGCAGCACUCGCAAACGCCGGCCGCCGACUACAUUUGAGGCGGGGUGCGAUAACAGUGCAAAGAAACCCAGGGGUACGGAGGUGCCUGAACGAAGGGCCGCUCCGUCCCACGUGGAUCUGAACGGGAGCAUAGUGCUGCGAAGUGCUAAGGCGCGGCAGACAGGCGGCAGCGGGCCGAGUCAGUCGCUGAAUGACAGCGUCCUGACGCGCAGCAUGAGGAAGCGCCAGCCGCUGCGUCGGACGCCGCCUCUGCCGGCCCGGCGUGACUCGCCGCCGGCGCCCGCCAGUCCGGUGCAGGUGCCCGCUGAGCUGCAGUGGUCGCCGGACGCGGCCACACCCACCACCAGUCGGCGGGGAGGCGGCGCGCUGUCCUCGGACGGCGCGGCUACCUCCGGGGCCGCCGCUGCCGGCCCGUCUGCUGCCGCCCCUGGCCCCUCCGCUGCGGCCGCCAGAGGCGCCUCCCGCCGGGGCCGAGGCGGGGGCCGGGGCCGGGGCGGAGCCCGAGCGGCAGCCCAGAGGCGACAGGAGACGGAUCAGACGACUGCCGCUCUCGAGUCGGAGAGGGAGCCUUUGCCGGCCGCCGCGCCAGCCGCCGCGCCGGCUCCUGCACCAGCCAGCGCACCAACCUCAGCUCCGGUCGCAGCACCAGUGUCGGCACCAGCCGCAGCACCAGCCGCGGCACCAGUCUUCGCACCACCUGCCGCACCAGUCGCUGCACCAGCCGCUGUGCCCGCGGCCGCACCAGCCGCCGGUGCUGCGGCCGUGCCGGUGCCAAUGCCGUACCAGGUGCCGCCAGGGACGUUCCUGGCGCCCAUGCCGCAGCAGCCCCCGCCUCCAGCCCUCGUUCAACAGUCGUCGGAAGCGACAGCCGUGUCCACAGUCCAUCGUGUGGACGCCGCCCAGCGGUGGCUGACCGAGGACAACAGUGCGCUCUCGGCCGAGUCGUGUCGGCUGUAUGCCUCACCGGGCGUGUCGGCUGGCUAUGUGCGGGUGCCGCCCGGCGGUCGGAAGGCCGACGCCGCCGUGCACUGGCAGUCGGUGCACGCGGUGGUGAUGUCUGGCGAGGGGGAGCUGGUGCUGUCGGACUCGCUCGGCCAGCUGGUCAGCAGCCACCCGCUCCGCCAGCAGGACGUGUUCAGCGUCGGACCCGGCGCCGUGUACCGCGUGGAGAACACUGGCUCGGUCGAGAUGCUGCUCUUCAUCACCAUGUACCACAUACGCAGCGGGCUGCAGUUCUACCAGCCGCCGGCGGCCGCGUGCCCCGGGCUGCCGGGCGCACGUCCUCCCGCGCCGCUGUGAGACGCGACUGAGCAUCGGCGAAACACGGUGGGACGCGGUAGUUACGUACCAAUAUCUCUCUGUUGUAUAUAUUUGAUGCGUGAGUGUGUGAGCUCUUCGUUUCUGCUUUGGAGGAGUGCUGUGGAAUGAGCCGCCGCUAGAACAUGUCGAGCACACGUAUUGCUAGAAUUGAUGCGUGUCAGUAGCGGAUGAACGCUUUUGAAAUUUCGAUUACGCUGGUAGAAUUCGGCUCCUGCUUGAUGCCUUGAAUCUACUCAAUAGAUGCUUUCUCGUAGCAUGUUCAACGGCAUUAUAGUUAUGUAGUGUACAAUGUUAAGUAUUUUGUAACCAAGCUGACUCGAGGCAUCGACCAAUGACACAACUAGUUACUUUCUUACGAUUUGCUAGCAAUGUUUGGGAUUAGCGUCCUGACGUGUUAGCGGUGUUGUACAUACCCUCGGGAUUCCCUCUGGACACAUUGGGACCCCGAUCAGUGGGUUGGACGUGGUGCCCAGCCGUUCAUUCGCGCUAGAGGAGCACCAUCGGCCUCCUAGCCUCCUCUCGCAGCGGACAUGGUCUCUAGCGGGUGCUGCUCGGAGCUCUAGUCCGCCGGCUUGCCGCCAGGUGGCAGGCGCGGCAGACUGAUGCCGAGCCGUGCCGCUUGCUGCGAUGAUACUAAAAUUGCUGCUGAUGUUUCUAUCCUCGGUCUCAGCAGAUGUGGAUAUACGACCUUCGUGGAGAUGUCUCAAUAUAUGAUGAAAGUACAUUUAGUAUGUUACAUUUUCUAUACCUACUAACGUUAAACUGAAUAAUUCAAUAUCGGCCGAGCCGUUUUGAUAACAAAAUCACGUCCACGGCGUGCUGUUGGCGACUGGCGCCGAUGGCCUGCCACUGGAGGGGGAGAAGGCAUUAUACGCUCCGCCACAUUCGGUUUUUAGUGCUCAGCUGUCGUAGCGAGAAUAAAUGGACGUUCGAACUGAAGAACUGUCACCUAAAGGAAAUUCUCGAAACACUGCUGUUGGUCGAGCUGGAUCCUGGAUGGAGAAAGUAGGAUUGUU